AUGACAGGGAACAAACCUCACUGCUGCUCUGAAUGUGGCAAACAAUUCUCUCACAGGGGCACUCUUGGAAGACACAAAAAAAUUCACACAGAAGAGAAGCCGUACUGUUCGGAAUGUGGCAAACAAUUCACACGACUCACCAGUCUUCAUAGACACAGAAAAAUUCACACGGGAGAGAAGCCCUAUUGCUGCUACGAAUGUGGCAAACAAUUCUGUGACAAGAUAACCCUUCAGAGCCACAGUAGGAUCCACACUGCAGAGAAGCCGUAUUGCUGUUUCGAAUGUGGGAAGCGAUUCUUGCGAAGUGACAGUCUUCAGUGCCACAUAAGAACUCACACUGGAGAGAAGCCAUUUUGCUGCUCGGAAUGUGGCAAACAAUUCUGCGACCGGAGGAAUCUCCAGAGCCACACAAGGAUUCACACAGGAGAGAAACCGUAUUGCUGUUCUGAUUGUGGCAAACAGUUCUCGCAUAGUAACAACCUACAGAGACACACAAAAAUUCACACAGGGAAGAAGCCCUACUGCUGUUCAGAAUGUGGAAAAGGAUUUUCCCAAAUGGGCCACCUGCAGCGCCACAUAAGAAUUCAUACUGAAGAUAAAUUCUCAAAAUAGAAAAACACAACCUGAGAUUAGUGUUAAAUAAAGUAACCAAGAUUAUGUUCAUGUAGAAUCCACAGAAUCCAGAAUCCAAUUAAUAGAAUAGUUUGAUUCAUCGAUAGGAUGCAGAGCUGAUGGCAGAAAAAAACUUUGUGCAGGGGUCCCUUUUGAAAGAAAUUACAAAUCAUUCAUUCUGUAAUCAUUCAACCGAGUGAAGGUCAUGACAACAGAAUUUUGGGGUGCCAAACAGGGCCCGCCCUGUUUACUUUCAGUUACAUACAUAAAAAAAAGACCACCCUGAAUGGCGUAAAGAAUCCACAGAAAUUAGUCGCCACGUAAAAAGUGUGGCUGCUUGUUUAACCCCCUUUGCCAAUUAGGUUGACUGUUAUGAGGCUCCUCACUUUUAGGUCGGUGAUCUCCCUAUUAAGUGAUGCCUCUUUCCGGGCAGUCGUCCUUUUGUAGCCUGGGGACCAUAAGGGGCAGAGUUAGUUGCCCUCACAGAACACUGAGAGGGAAGAAAAUGUCAAGACAGCAGCAGCGCCCCCUCUCGGUCUGGGGUGGUAUCGCAUACCUGGGAAGAGCUUGGAUGGUGACCCUCAGGUGUACGUGCAUGACAAUACAUAAUUAAUGUGUGUGUGUGUGUUUUAUGCUAAACAUGCUGAUCAUUCUCAUUUUAUUACAUUUUCCUGUUUAAAAACACAAGACUUGACAAUAUAGUAAAAUACAUAAUUAAAGCUCAGGAUACGUCUGAGAAGUGAACUAGAAUUGUGUCCCUCAUUUGCUGGUUAAUGAUUCAGUUUGUGAACGGUCCACCUUGUUCAUGUCUAACGACGUAUUUCAAGCUCAAAAGAAAAAGAAAAACGGUGAAGGACUCAUUGAGGUCAAGUUCUACUCAAGUGCACCACCUUCACUUUGGUCAUCUCGCGUUCAUUGCCAAGAAAGGUUCAGAGAAGUCAGGUGAAUUCUCCUCCAGGAAUCCUUAAUAUCUUUUCUUUAUGGGAGAUGAAUGAUUGUAAUCUUUCAAACAGAAUACUAAAUGGAUGCUUUAUCCAGGAUUGCCAAGUUAAAAUGUUGAUGUUGCAAACGUUUCCAAUGUAAAAGCAUUAACAAAAGAUUGAUGAAGAGUUUGGGCACCUUGCAGUGAAGCCAGUUUAAUAAUCAGCUGGCUAGGCCAACAGAAGAAGAAAAUAAAAGAAGGUUCCAGUGAUGACUUCAGCCAAUGCUUCCAAUGAGCUGAUCUCACAUACACAUUUGUGGCUUCGAAAAUUAACACCAGCGUCUGGCUUUGCAGGGUCGUACAUAUUGGACAUGAGGAAAGAAAGAAGUGGACCUUCUGUGUUGGAGUCAGACGUGACAUCAAUGCUUUCAUUUCUGAGGGUAAAAGAGGAGAUGGCCUUACCAAUGGUGCCACCUUGUGUGCUGGAGUGGUAUCGCUCUCUGAUACGGUGCUUUGGAGAUUUCCCUUUACACACCCAAGAACAAAAGACAUUAAAGUUGAAAGUUUCCGAUUCCGACUAAAGGUAAAGACGUUUAUUUUAAAAAUCUGAACCCCCCGUUCUUAGCAUGACGGUGAUUUUUUUU